GACCAACGGCAGAUUGAUUUCAGGGCUCCUGCGCUACCACGCAGCUCCACGCAGACCUGCUGGCCGCGGCGCAGCGGUGGCCAACAUCUCCACGCAGUCCUGCUGGUCAGGAGCAGUGGCAUCAGGAGCAGCGGCAUGGGCAGCAAUGAGACCCGCAAGGCAUUCCUGCGCGCCGCCUUCCGGCGCCGCGCCGCAUUCGUCGCGACAGCCGCCUUGCUCGCCUUCUUCUUCCUGCUCGACUUUAAACCAGCAGAAACGCAAACAAAAAUCGCCACCGCGACCUACGGCGCGUGCCCGGACAAGAUCGAAGUGACGCGCCGCGGCGCGACCAUCGCGGGCGCGCGGCCAAUACUGAAAGGCAAGGUCUGCGCACAAGCCGUCGACGCGGGCUUUUGCAUCGACGAGCCGAAGAAGCCGCUGCGCUGUCUGCCCUCGUUUAUUGUGGCCGGGGCCCAGAAAGCCGCGACCGGCUGGCUGCGGCAGCGCCUCGCCGCGCACCCUUCAUUGGCGCAGGGCGGUGGGAAAGAAGUUCAUUACUUCGACAAGCUCCAGAAUCUACAUGAGUGGCGCUCGACGUACCUCGAUAAUUUUGCGACGCCUUCUGCUUUGAUCACGUACGAGAAGACGCCGGACUACCUGCCGAACGCCACGGCCCUCAAAAGUAUAUACAGUUUGAUCCCGUCCGUGUCAUUAAUCUUCAUGCUGCGCGACCCGUCAUCUAGGGCCUAUUCGGCGUACCAGCACCACUGUAGGAAGGGAAGAUUUUACGAAGGUCCCAAGUUCGCCCUCGAGGAGGACGUGACGGGGCGGCCCCUCGCGGCGCCCUGCGCGCCCGAGGACUUCGAGGCCUUCCUACGAGUUGAUAAAGGCGUUGUGACGAACACCCAGACGCGCCUCGUGACGUGGGGCCUCUACGCGGAUCAAAUCAAGCAGGUGCGCGCGCUGGGCUUCGACGAUGCCCGUCUUUUAGUUAUCAUGUCCGAGACAGCGAUGAAGGAUCCAUCAAAACUGCUCGACGCCGUGGUCCAGUGGCUCGGGCUCGAGCGCUUCGACUUUAGUUCCCUGAGAACGUUCACGGACGCUUUAGGAAGGGACCAGCUGCGCGAGCCCGGAAUCACGGGCUGGGCCAAGGCGACGUACAUGCGACAUAACGCGAUGAUGGUGCGGCGCCACUCGCCGCGGCCUCUACUAACGUCGACGCGCGCGGCGUUGGAUGCGUUCUACGCGGCGCCCAAUGCUGAGCUGGAAACGCUGUUGCGGACCGCCGCGGACCGCGUGGCCGUGUACCCGGCGCGCGGGGCUGGCGCGGUCUUGCCGGCGUCUUGGAGUAGGAAUUCUUAGUGUGACUAUUUUUGUCUUCUCUCUUCUUGUCAGGCCCAGGCUAUUACGUCGCGGCGUCCCCCUAUCUCCCGCUUGGAUGCGGGUUUUUCCAUUGAUUACGCAGACUUACGCAGUGCAAUCGAGGUUUUACAAGGCUUCUCGGGCGUCUCGGACCGUCGGACGUUGGCGCGAGCAUCAUGAGGCUCUUAGCGCAUCUGCUAGGCGUCUUUGCCGCCUGCUCGGCGAACCCAUUGCUCUCCCUCUUCUCCAAGGCCAAAUCAUUGGCCUCGGCAAGGAACAUCGGCAUUACCGCCCUACUGCCGGCUCUCAAUACUGUCCGGGAAGCGGCCAGUGCGGCCGAAGACGACCGCCAGGGACUCAAGGACUCGUUGCGCGAGAAAGCGAGCGAGACGGCUAAGUACUGCGUAUGGCUCCACCUCGACAGAGAUGAGAAGGCCGCGAAAGAGAUCGAUUGUGAUGAGUUCACCAAGAUGGUCAAGACAGGCCUGCCGCGCAUGAAGAAGAAAUUGCGCCGCCGCGGAUUUCUUUCGCGGCUGUUCACGUCGACGCCGUCAAACGAACUCGUCGAGAUGUUCCUGGAAGAGGAGAUCGCGAAGACCCUCAAAGAGAAGAAGGUGAGUCUGAAGGAUGGGGACAAUGGAGGCUAUCUUCCUCAUCUGGGCGCGAGGAAGCCAAGCGAAGCUGCCUGCCGCACGAAUAAGUCCGAGAAGGCACCGAAGGAGGAGAAAGCGUGCCCCAAGGGGGCGCUGUGCUUUCCGUGGCCCAAACUCGCUUGGAUCAAGCCGCCGCCGAUGUGCACGAUUCCUAAAGACAGCACGGUGGCGACGCAAACCAAGUUCGGCAAGCGGCUCCUCGUCGCGGUCACGUCGGCUCUCCUCGGCGUCGCGCUGCUGCCCUUCAAGUGA